AUUAUGGUUCAUUGUAAUUUCUGUAAUCAAAUCAAAAAAUCCCAAUCCAUUUGGGUUUUUUGUUGUUGGCCUUUCCAAUUUGUAGAUCAGUAUAAAUUGAUGAAGAUUAGAUGAUGCGAGGAUCUUUAGCUGAAACAGAGGCGAAGAAUGAUGUAGCUGAGCUCAAGCUUCAAUGGCAGAAUCUAAAUCUUCUCUGUUCUUUCUCUUCCUUUUUGGGUUUCUUACAGUUUGUAGAGGUCGAUUUCCGCCAUUGAUGGACGGGAAGAACAUGGAGAAGGACGAUAAUCAGCCAUUUGUUGGGGUUAAUAUUGGGAGUGACGUUUCGAAUCUAAUGUCGCCUUCAGACUUGGUUUCGUUCUUGCAUUUUCAGAAAAUCACUCAUAUUAGGCUUUACGAUGCGAAUCCUGAUAUCCUCAAAGCCCUAAAUGGGUCGAAAAUUCGUGUCAUUAUCAGUGUACCCAACAAUCAGCUUCUUGCAAUUGGAUCUUCCAAUGCUACCGCCGCCGCGUGGAUCGCCCGGAAUGUGGUGGCGUACUAUCCCCAGACCCUAAUUUCCGGCAUUUCCGUCGGCGAUGAGGUUUUAACCACUAUCCCCUCUGUUUCCCCUUUGUUGCUUCCUGCUAUUGAGUCCCUUUACAGUGGUUUAGUUUCUGCAAAUCUUCAAACCCAAAUCACCAUUUCUACUCCCCAUGCUGCUUCGAUUAUCCUCGACCCAUUUCCGCCGUCACAGGCGUUCUUCAACCAGAGCUUGGUUCAGUUCAUGCUUCCUCUGCUUCGGUUCCUUUCAAGAACUGGGUCGCCAUUGAUGAUGAACUUUUACCCUUAUUAUGUUUUUAUGCAAAACAAAGGGGUUGUUCCUCUUGAUAAUGCGCUGUUUAAGCCCUUGAUUCCUUCUAAAGAAAUGGUUGAUCCCAAUACUCUGCUUCACUACACUAAUGUUCUUGACGCCAUGAUUGAUUCUGCUUAUUUCUCGAUGAAGAAUCUCAAUAUCACUGAUGUUGUGGUUCUCGUCACUGAAAGUGGGUGGCCUUCAAAGGGCGAUUCGAAAGAGCCAUACGCCACAAUCGACAACGCCGACACGUUCAAUUCGAAUCUAAUCAAGCAUAUUCUCGACCGGAGUGGUUCCCCAUUUCACCCUGAAAUCACUUCCAGUGUUUACAUCUACGAGCUGUUCAAUGAGGAUUUACGGUCGCCGCCGGUGUCGGAGGCGAAUUGGGGGCUGUUUUAUGGGAACUCCACGCCGGUUUAUUUGCUUCAUGUGUCGGGAAGUGGGACGUUUUUGGCUAAUGAUACUACGAACCAGACGUAUUGUAUUGCCAUGGAUGAGUUUGAUACUAAGACAUUGCAGACAGCUUUAGAUUGGGCUUGUGGACCUGGGAAAGCUAAUUGUACAGAGAUUCAGCCGGGUGAAGCUUGCUAUCAGCCUAACAAUGUGAAGAACCAUGCCUCUUAUGCAUUUGAUAGCUAUUACCAGAAGGAAGGGAAAAGUGCUGGAUCUUGUGAUUUCAAGGGCGUGGCUAUGAUCACCACCACUGACCCAAGCCAUGGGAGCUGCAUAUUUCCAGGAAGUAAGAAAGUAGGCAAUAAAGCUAAAGAGACAGGGAAGAACACAACACAAAUCCCUGAAGCCAGUGGAGGAACAGCAGCAGCUCAGAAGGUACUCCAUGUUUUUCUGCUUGCACUUUGCUCAUUCUUUCUGUUCAUCCUUUGAUAGCUCCAUGGUGAGGAGGCUGAUGUAGAAAAUUAAAGAGUUUAUUUAUAUAUAUAAUAUAUAUAUUUUUUGAAAUGUAAUAUUUUUUUAUGAGGAAAGUGGAGGUUGAAAAGUGCUUUUUUUUUUUGGUAGUAAAGGGCUUUUUGUUGAAUAUGGCCUAAAGUUCAAAUAUGCAUAUCUUAAAGGGUAUGAAGAGCUAAGUUUGCACA